AUGACCCUCUAUCCGCCAAAAGAUUUGGUCGUUUCGGGCGGCACCCCAGGACUUCCAUCACCUACACGCGCCCUUCCGGCCUCGCUGACAGAGCCGUUGCUCCAACGGACGCAAGGGAAAAAACGAGCCAGAUCUCCUACUUUCAGAGGCGAUGAUCGUACCAAACGAACUCGAGUGGAGGGCGGUCGGCGAGAUAGGAAGGCCUGCGCUGUGCGUGCCUUGGCCGAGAUUGAAUGGCUGCGCGAUCGAAAACAGGACGUCCUUGCAGCCACCACGGAGGUGAAGCAAGGCUAUGAGCGGAUGAAGGCUGCGAUAAUCAGCCUAGGGAAGGAGCGUGCCUGCCGUAAGGAGACGGCGACAAACAAGCUGCUUUCCUCCGAGGAGGCUAGACUAUUCGCGAACGCUAGGCCAGAACAGCGCGAGGCCUUUUUUCGCAUGAAGUUCGGUGCAAAGAAACCCUAUCGAGAACAUACAGCCGAGGAGCUCGAGGCGUUGUACGACGCCCGAGCCCGCCUACCCAAACGCCCAGAAGAUUAUACGCCCAGAGAGCUUGCAGAUUUGUAUAGAUCCAAGAUCGACGCAACUCCCGUUAAUUGCACCUGCCGACGGACUACGCUACAGCAAAACCGGGCUAACAACUCAUCGUUCACGCAUCCUAGGCCCCGCAUGGGUGUGGAUGCGCAGGGAGUAGCAUUCGAGGACUGGUCCGCUUGCCCUCCUCAAAUUGGCACGGAGUAUGCUUCUUUACCUACGAAAGAACUGCUUCUUCGCUAUGAAAUAUCCGGGGGCGAUGGCGAUGCACGCAUCUUUCCUAUACCGCUUGGCCCACGACGUCCCAGGGCCUUCUCGACGCAAUUCACGCUCCAAUUUCGACAUAUACCUUCUCGAGUGCACGAUACGCUCGAGGCGUGGCAUGCUGAGAAUGGCCGGUGCUUACCUUGCAUUGCCAAAGCUAUGCGGACGCUCCCUCCUUGGAUCAUCGGAUGGUACCCUGCUGACUAUAUCAUGGAGAACGGGAAUCCUGUGUUCGUGAAUCUCAGACAGGACGAGCUGGUCGAGUGGGAUGAAUCGCGGAAAGGUUGGCGUCAUCUCAUCCUUGACCACCACCGGUGGGUACCCGUGGAAGAGUUGGAGGAGAGACCCAGCGAUAGCACCGCCGAUCCGAAAAUUGUCCCGUUGAGGCUCGAGCUCGUGCGCCGCGGCGGUAGGGUCGAGAGGCUAUGCCUCGACACGCGUCAGACGUCGUGUACCUCCGCCUACAUAUCCGCCUUGCCACGCCUGUCGUACAGCUCCCCCGCGAUGGCACGCAUUCUGGGUCUCAACGCGCGUUACCGCUUGUUCGCCCUUCGCCUCCGACGCGCUCGAUAUCCGCCCGACGAAUCGCAUGCUGUUGGGCCAUUCAAUACCAGUGUUACGCACCCCAUCGCCGCGAUUUGA